AAUGAGAAUUUUGAUGUGUGUUAUCGGAUUCGGUUAUUUUGAAGUGGUUCAUGAAGUCUAGAACCAUGAAAAAAUUACAGCAACUUGAUGGAGAAAAGAGUCUGCGCUCAUGUGACCCAGGCUAAUGUGGCUGUACCUCAACCAAUUUGUUUCAAAGUUCACUGAUGUUACCAAUCUAGAGGUUUUACUUGAUACUUAUCAAGUAAAUUGGAUCAAAGUCAAAGUAAUCAAUUAAUAAACUCUAUUAACUACGUUUCCGUAGAGAACACUGCUGCAUACCACUACUUCAACGUGCUGUCGUUGUAUCAUUAUGACGCAACGACUAUCGACCUGCAGGAAAACGUUAAUGUGUAGGGUAGCAUUUGCUAUACAAAACAGGUGUUUCUCAAACCAGACAGGUCAUUGUAUACAGCAAUAGGUUCCGUCCAUUCACAUUGCAUUCAAAAGAGAUGGGGGAAGGAGGAAAACAUUCAACUAAAUGACAUAUUUAUGGCGUUUAUUGGUGUUGUUAGAUUGACAAUUUGCAAAAACGCCCAAACAAUGUUAACUUACUAAUGUGUAAGCAGAGUCCAAGGCUUCAAGUUUACAAGGCCUAAGAAACGGUUAAGCUCCUGUUAUCAAAUAUGCGUCGUGGAAAAGAUGAAUUUAACAGGGAAGAUUCAUUCACGUCAGUGACUUCGGCUUCAUCUGAAUCUAGCGUGGAGAUUAUAGAGAGCAGCAAGAAACGAACCUGGAAGACAUUUUUCAAAAUGGGCCAAAAGAAUACACAUGAAAGUACAACAGACAGCAGACAAGGGUCAGCUAAAGGUAAUCCCACUUCUAAGAAAAAUAAGGACGCAAAACUAGGCGUAAGUGAUAAGCCCAAAAAGGAUGAAUUGCGAGGGAAAAAUGGAGACGAAUUUGUCGACGUUCUUGAGAGUGAUGGAGAAGAAGCAGAAACUGGAGGCUCAAAGGAGAAGAGUGAGAACAAAAGCCCUCCUAUCAAGUUCAAACUGACGUCAUUAAUGGCGGACUCGGAUUCUGAAGAAUAUGAGGAGACUCAAGAUACAAGACAAAAUGAUAAGAUGCAUAUAGAGAGGAUGAGAAAAUCAAUCAAAAGAAAUUUAGCUAUGCCGCUUGUGCUGAGCUCUGAUGAUGAUUAUGACCAACCAGAAGAAGUUGAAAACAGCUCGAGAGGGUAUACAAGUAAAGAUGCUGUGCUAAACUGGAGAAGACUGGUGAAUAAAAUGCUCCAAAACAAAGAUCACAAAGAAGAAAGAGAAGAUAAUGAAAAUAAAGGCGAAAAAAAACUACGGGCGUUAAAGAACUGGAGGACACUGGCUGCAAAUUUGAAGGACACGUCUGAUUUAUUCACUUCAAAAGCAUUAAAGGAGAUUGUUAGCAGAGAACAUAUAGCGGAAAGUUAUGAUGACGUCAAUUCACCCACAGGGAGUUCGAUGGAAGGUGACAAUGAAAUAAAUUCAAGAGCCAUAGAAAACUGGCAACUACUUGCUUCUAAAGUUAUGGAUAAAGCAAAUCCAGUAACGAGCUUUAAGAAACUUAUUCGAAAAGAAAGUUUUGGUAACGAUUACUUUUCUGGUGAAUUGAAGGAAGAAAUGAACGAAAGGACGUUGAAGAAUUGGGAGAAACUAGUAUCUGGCUUGCUGGAAGGAAUAAAAGAAACUACCUUAGCAGGAACACUGUUAAAAGAAAAAUUCAGUAGUAUAAUGGAGGAUAAUGCUGAAGAAAUUUAUUCUGAUGGGGAUGAUAGUGAAUUAAGUGGAACAGAAAUGAGCAAUAGCGCAACUGAAAACUGGAGAAGGAUUUUGAGCAAAAUAAGAGUUGGCUCUGGAAAUAUUGCAGAGUUUGUAAAGCAAAUAACAGCGGGGUCCUUUGACGAGAAAACAGCAGAUAAAAAUGACAGUCAGCUCAGCAUAGAAAUUGUGAGAAAAUGGGAAAAGAUUGUGUGUAAGCUACUUGAAAAAUAUGAAGACAAGUUUCCAGACAUUAAAAAGUUCGCGGAGGGAUAUGCACUUCACAAAAGGGGUUCCAAUGAUGAAAGUGAAAGCAUCUAUGGAGAAUCAUCUAGUACAAAUGAUGGGCUAAAGAGGCCAGUUAGAAACUGGAAGAAGUUGGCUGCUAAGAUACUUGAUAAAGACAAGAGAGAGCUAGGAGGUGUAAAAACAGCACUCAGCAUGUUGGGAAAUGGUAAAAGAAAUAUCGGGGAAGAGCGUAAUAGCAGUAAUUCAGACAGUAGCAGUGUGGAGGAAGUUCCACAAAGAGUCGUAACUCACUGGGAAAGCCUGGUCAAGAGCUGCCUGACAAAGUAUAAUGGAAAAAGUUAUGCAAGGAAGAUUUUUGAGCAACUUGAGGAGAAAAGAUCGAAGCUUUCAGAGGGAAACAAUGAGGUGAACAGCAGAGCUAUGCAGCAUUGGAAAAGGAUUAGAAUUAAAAUGCUUCAGAGAAACAAGGGUGAAAUGAAAACAGUUGCUGUGAUAUUAAGUGAUAUUGUAAAAAAGGAAGAAGAUUCUCUAGAAAAAAUGAGCAACGGAGUAAAUAGAAAAGAUAGCAAAAAUGAAAUGACACACAGCGAAAGAACAAGACAAUCGAAGAAGGCAGAGAAUAACUGGAGGGAGUUGACAAGAGCAGUUUUGGAAGCAAGCGAAAGAAAACCGCAAAAUAUUCGCGAAACUCUUGCAGGAAGGCUAAAAGAACAGCAGAAAGAAAGUGGUGAUAAAAGAGAUGAAAAAAGGACUUUAGAAAACUGGAAAAGGUUAACUAAAGCAAUUUUGGAAGCAAGUGAGAAAAAACCGCAAAAUAUUCGCGAAACUCUUGCAGGAAGACUAAAAGAACAGCAGAAAGAAAGUGGUGAUAAAAGAGAUGAAAAAAGGAUUUUAGAAAACUGGAAAAGGUUAACUAAAGCAAUUUUGGAAGCAAGUGAGAAAAAACCGCGAAACAUUCGUGAAACUCUUGCAGAACGCUUGAACGAGCAGCAAAAAAGAAGUAGCAAUGAAGAAGAAAAAAACAGGGCUUUGGAAAACUGGCAAAAGUUAGGUGACAAAUUGAAAGGAAGGGAUUUAGGGAAGAAAUCUGUUUAUGAGGUAUUGAAAGGUAAAAUAGAUUCAGAUGGAUUCAGAGAAAAAGAAGACAUUGAAAUAAAAGAGAAGAGUGAAAAUGAUGAGAAAGAUAGAGGCAAUGGAGGCUCAAGAGCUGAGCGAAAUUGGAAAAAGUUGUUGUCAAAUGUUUUGGCACUAUUGAAAACUAAAGAGACUUUUUCACUUUUUCAACUUAAUUUGGAUGAUUUGGGAUAUGACGUCUGCUAUGGGUGCAAAAAUAAAUACGAAUUCCCAAUUCUUCUGUCUUGUUCACAUACGUUCUGCAGAGAUUGUAUAACAAGGUUUAUAGAUGACAGUGACGGGGAGAUAUUUGGCUGCCCUCUGUGUGGGGCCCGAAACGUGCUAUCUGAGAAAGAUGAAGAGCUGUUUUGUCCAAAUUUCGUUAUUCUAAAGAAAAUGCUAAAAGACAAAUGUGGAGAUGACGGUUGCCGGUAUUGUGGUAAAGAGAUAAAGUCACAACUUAUUUGCUAUCAAUGUGCUGAACGGUAUUGCAAGAAAUGUGCAGAUAGACACAUGAAAUAUGAGUCAAACAAACACCACACAUUAUCAGAGGUUGACUCUACAGAAAACAUAGAAAAUAUGCAAAGGAAAUAUUAUUGUUUGAAGCACCCAGAAGAAGAGCUUAGUAAUUAUUGUUUAGACUGUGACGUGUCGAUCUGUCCGAAAUGUGCGAAGAAAAAGCACAAACGGGUUAAUCACGAUUGCGGGGCUGUUAGCGAAGCAGCCAUGGCUGGAAGGAAAAUAGUACGGGAUGCAGCAAAGAGGCUUGAGGGAGAGCAUGAUUAUGAAUCGGAGCUAUUAAAAAUUGAGAAAAUGCAGCAAGGGGUUGAUGUAGAGUUGGCUGAGAUGCGUCAGGAAAUAAAAGCAAAUAUAGAGAGGUUGAUUGCAAAAUUAAAAGAACGCGAGACUCAAUUAUAUAAAGAUGUUGAGGAAAAACACAGGAUUACGUACGAGGCACUAUCAGAGCGCCGACAAAGUGUUGAAGCUGCAAUGCUUCAAAAAGAUAACUUGAAUGACUUUUUGAAAGAGCUUAAAAAUCAUCAAAAUGGUGUUGAGAUGCUUCAAAUGCAAGCUACAAUAAGUGAAAGGAUGAGCGAAAUUCUUGAUUUGCAAACAUCAGAAUUCCUUGACAUUGAUUACGAUUUCGUUUUUCGUCCCCAAAAUCACAAGAUAGAAAAUAAAAUAGAAAAGUAUGGUCGGAUAGAUAUUUUGGACAGAAAAAGUGGUGGAGAGAUAUUCAUUGAAAGAAUUGAUGAUGAAAAAUUGGGGGAGGGUGAGUUUCGAGAGAAGAAGAAUGAUGAAAAAUAUGGCGAAUCGGACAGGCAUGCUGAGCGAUUGCAAUCAUGGUCACCGACAAGUAGAGUAAAUACGGACAGAAUAACAAAAGAAAAUGAAACUCCUGUGGGUGGAAGGUUUUCUGAUGAAGAAAAUGAAGUCGACCAGCACAGAGACAAACCUCGGCCAAGAACAAAGGCCAAUAGAAAAAAGGAAAAAGAAACGAAGGAUGUCCCUGUAAGCACCAAAACAGGAACAUCGAACGAACGAUUAACAAGUAAUUAUGAAGAGAUAAAACAAACGACUUAUGAAUUUGAAGGCACAAGAACGCCACCAUAUGAAGGAUUCACGCAGCUUACAACAGAAAGGGGUGAACGGAUUAAUGUAUUGAAAUAUGGCGUAAAAGAUUAUAAAAACAAAACAUGCGAUGUUCAGUUACGCAUGAUAUGCCCUGAUCAAAGUAUUGUUUCUGCACACGUGGCAGAGAAUGCUGAUGGCACAUUUACAGUAUUUUUUUGUCCUGAUGUUAAGCGAGAUUUUAACUGUUUUAUUGCUAUAGGAGGGAAGGAUUUCAAAAGGGAGUACAAAAUUUUGAACUUUUAUGGAGAUUUUCAAGGUAUGAAAAGCAAGGAAAUAGACCUAGCCUGCCGAGCAAUGAGUCUUUUACGAUGGCACAUCACCCCAGGGUUACUUGAAGCCAAAAAUGGAAAAAUCAGGAGAUCAAAGAAAUUCUUCCGAAUAGUAGGGACACAUAGGUAAAAACAUUAAACAUAUUUUGCAAGAUGGUAGCUAUUUUUCUAAUUUUGUAAAUUUUGAAUAUAUUUCAAACUCUAGCUACUUAUGAAGUUUGUCGACGGUAGCUUAAGCAAAUGAAGUAAAGAUAUUGGCAAAAUAGUAAACAGAAAGAAAGGGAAUUCUGUUUAAACAGUGUCAAAAGAAAAAUGAAAUGGCAAUCUCCCAGCCACGGUAAAAUACGAAUUGAAUCUCGAAAAAAUUGAAGAAAAAACAAAAUACGGUUUUUUAGCUUUAAACCGGGUAUUUUAACCAACAAAGUUCAGUCCUAACGUUGAUAAAAGUUACUAGGAGUAGUUAAUAAGUGACAGACCCAAAAAUUGACAUAAAUUAAAAUAUUUGAUGCAAAAUUUAGAUCAACUAAUGAUACACCAGGUCAAUGUAUUUGAAGUGUUGUUGCUUUGGUCAAACUUUCAAUUUAAAAAAUCCAGACUUUAUCACAAUAAAGAGAGAAUGCGAAUGAAAAGUGCACAUAAAUUUGCAAAUUUUUGACAUUUUUAAGCAAUACCAAAAGUUGCCUGGCUGACAAGUUUAAGAAGAUUUCAGAAUCUCGGGAAUACAUCCCUUUUCUAGCUCAAAAGAAAACAGGGAAAAUGCAUUUUAUAAUUAUUAAAUCAAAUCAAAUAGUUAUUGGCAAAGUUGACGGUAAAUUGGCAUUUUGUACCAUUUUUGAUGAUUUUUAUAAAUUUUGUUGGUUUUAGUUGAGAAUUGUUGAAAUGAUAUGAAAAGUAAAAGUAGACCAAUAAAAGUGUCGUUUCUUUUGCUGAGAGAAUAACUUCAAAGUAUGUGCUGAAUCAUUGCACAUACAGGGUUUGGUUUUGUCUGACAUAUAAUAGAGAUUCUGCCAAUUCAAGAGAGGUGUUGCUGCAUAUAGAGGUACUAAUAUUCCAGAUCUUGAUGAACAUCAAAAUUACUCUAUGCAAGCUAUGGCAAAUAAUUUCAAUCACUUUCACGUGCUGUACAUGAGCUUCAAAAAAGCUAUAGGUCUUCACUUUUUAGUACGAUCAGCUGUCUGUAACUAUUUAUCAGAUACAUAGAUUUUGACAACCCUCUAACUUGCUUUUUUAAUUUUCAUGACAGAUUUUACCAUUGAAUAGCCAAGAAUUCAGUAAUUUCCUUUAGGAUAUGCAUUGUGAAGAAGAAAACCUAAAGAAAAGUUGGUCGUAACUUUUCCAAUCAAGGAUCAAUCUGGGAUCAAUCCAAGAUUAAUCUGGGAUCAUUAUACGGAUUGUUGUGUUCCUUUAGCAUCGCCUACUGGUAUAUUAAGCCAAAGAGGCUCAUUAGCCAAAUUGCUGUGUGUGCAGGAUUACUGCCCAAUCGGGACUAUUUUAUUUGAUAUUGCACAGAUUAUCCAAUCUACUUGAAGUAUAACAAUGAAUGAGGCAGAUAAGGAUAUUUGUGAGUGACUCCGAUAAACAAAAAUCCAAUUUUUAGAGAGUUUCCACGAUUAAAUAAAAGUCCUAUUCGAAGUCUAAAGGAAUUGAAAAUAGAGCUGCUCUAAGGUUUUGUCAGUAAAGUUUGGUACAAAGUUCACCUUGACAACUUCCUCAAAUCCUUCGUUUACAUCAGGUUCUUGGAAGGAGCUCCUAAAUUGAAAAUAUAAACUUGUGUAUAACAUCCAAAAACGAUUGAAAAAAAUUAAAAAAACCAUAUCUAUUACAUCGGAUUUAACUAAAAGUGUAAAACACAAAGCAAGGGAUGACAUUUCUGGGAUAAGAAGAUCCCUUUUUCAUUAUUAUUAUUUUUUAUUCCUUGAUUUAAAGUUGGCAGUUAAAAAUAUAUAGCUUACAGGCAAAUUAAGGUCAACUAAUUAAACAAAAUACAUACAUAUCUUCAGGGUCACACCCUGAAGUCUAAUUAGGGCAUUUAAAUGAAAUUUUCAAUUAAUUCCACCAUCUGAAAAAUUUGAAUAAAGGUGAAAAUAAUUUCGUUUCUUAUCUAAAUUCUUAUGAAGAGAAUUAUGUUUUUCUUAGUGGUGCAAUAACACAUCUUUACUCUUUCAAUAGAGUCUGGUUUACUUUGCUGAGGGCAAAACUUGGACAAAGCAGAAUAGAGCCAAAACCCAAAGGCUAAUAAAAAUAAUCUCGAAGCAAGACUACAAUUUUGGCAAAUAUCUUAUCAAAGAUCUUUGGUUACAAGAUCCAGCUCUACUAGAACAAUGCAAACUUUUAUACGACAUUAAACUUAUCGCAUGGGAAUUUCAACUUUACAAUUUGUGAUUGAAAAAUCUUCUCCCUCAGAGCUUUCUUUCUCGGUGCGAUGAACAACGCUGGACGAAGAAAAAAUAACAUGAGAUUGUAAUGGAAAUAAAAUCGCAAGUAAACUUACUUAUACAUGUUGAAUACCAUUGCCCCGACAUGCUUAUAAUUCUUGUCUGUGUUCGUUAGCUCUCGAAACUAGGAUGAAAUGUUUAACAGGCAUUACUGACUGGACGAUCCUCUAUGUUCGUAUCUAACACUCAACUACAGUACAUUUGAAAGUGACAGUAAUUGUGGCUGUUUUGGGGGCAACUACCCCCGAUUCCAUAAGGAAAAUCCCUAGCGUCCCUAGCACCAAUUUUUAUCAUAAUACCCUGUAGCAUGCAAAACUAUCGCUAGAGCUAAAUUGUUUUUUAUACAGACCCCUCUUUUACAUUGGCAAUAAAGCAACCGUGUUUAAUAACAAGCAGAAAGAUUUGUUAAUGGUAUAAUAUUACUAUCAGUACAACCGCAAGUAUUAUUUGAAAUAGAUAACAAUAAAUUUGAAUAAAAAUUUACAUGCAAACCUAAACUAAAUGCAACCUGCUUUAUGGAUAUUCUUUGAGAAUGUUGCACUAGAUUGACUACUAGGUAUAUCAGAACACGCGAGGGUCGCUUUUCAUCCAAAAGUGGAAAGCAUCGAGCUUCAAACAAAAUUUGAAGGGUGGGGGAAACUUGCCAUGGGAACUUGAUCACGGGUCUGGUUAUACAGUCAUACUUCUCAUCAGAUAGUCACAAUGUAUAAUUCACCGUAUUCGUGAGUCAUCUAUUAUUCAAUACAACGUAAUGUCCACUUCCGUGUACAUUUGAAUCACAAGCUUGGAUAAUUCAGCUAAAAAUAUAUUCUUCCUUCAAAACGAGUAUCUAGUAAGAAAUUUGACCGUGCUUUAGGAUCUUUUAAAAUAUAGAAAAAGAGCCACUCGAACAUGCGAAUUGGAAACUCAAUGCCUUUAUGCCUUCACUCAUUCUCCUCAAAUUUAGACCAUAGAACCCGAUUAUUAGAGCCAGUGCAGCACCGGUGACAAGUAAAAAACACUUUUAUAUCGCCUCAUGCAGCUAAUUUUAUUCCAAAGGGUGCAAUCUAGUGGGGUUAGGAGGGCAUAGAUGCUUUGGGGGAAACAGGGAUGAACAUUGGUAGCGUUAUGAACAUAAAAGUUAUCAUAGCGUGUCUUCAUAAAUUCUAAGAUCUGAUUAUAAUAUUUUGCUAGUCAUAUAUAUUGAAUUUAAUGAGAGGAAAAAGAGUUGAAUAUUUUGAAUUUUACCAAUAUAAUGAAUUCUACUUGACAACUUUCUUCACAACAACAUCACAACACAGUUGAAGAUAUGUUUGUUAUGAUGGUUAUGAUACGGAUGAUCAUAAGCUUUUAAUUAACUUUUUAUAGAAAGCAUUUCUACACCAGCAAGCAACUAAGUUUGGAUUUCAAGACCACAGUCUCGACUUUUAAGACAACUUUUAGCUAGCACGACCAUACAAAACAGUGAGGUACAACUGAUUGAGUCAACAAGCAACGAUAAAAUUGAAACUGAGAUAGAUAAAGCAGAAUUCGUCCAAACAAAUUCGAAACCACGUUCGUGUUUCAACGUGAUUUGUCAUCGCCAACUGCUGGCUUUCAUGUGACUCUAGCAUGAGCAAAGACCGCUUUCUUUUGCGGUUAACCUUGCAAGUCGAGGCUCUAUUAUUGGGUUAAGCAAAAUGUGAGAUAAUCAUUAUAAUUUUUAUUAUUAUUAUCAGUUUCUUUCAUGACGGCAAUACAAAUUAAUAUAUAUAUAAAUAUAUAGAGCUAAUAAACUAAUUAUCGAAAACAAAUUAUAUUGAAAAUAAAUAUCUUAAUUUACAUUUGUUUAACUUAACAACAAAUACCCUAAAAACCUACAAAUACUUUAAAACUUUAAUGGAAAUUUUUCUCAAUCUGCAGUUGCAAGAAUUUCCAUGCCAAAAUGUUACCCUUCCUAGGAAUUAGAAAGUAUUUUGACUUCUGUAUGGAAAGUUCUCUAUUCUAUAUGCUUUAGGUUUUAUUUUUGGCAAUUGCAAAAGGUUUUCCCUUCUCAAGCUGCAACGAAUAUUUUUCUCAGUAAAAAUAUUUGAAUAUUUCAAUCAUUAGCAAUUAUUUUUGCGUACCGUUCACAGUGCUCUUUCGUGAAUGUGAUUUAACAACUUUAAACAAGUUCCUCUACUAUUAGUAAAAAUCCGUAUAAGUGGAUAAAAACUAAAUUGUGACCUGAUGAAUGUAUUCAUUAAACUUUCUGAUUUGAAAGGAUCAACAUAAUUAGAUAAGUUUAUCAGCUAAUCUACCGUGCUACUGAAAUUGGCCGAAUGAAAUCUUGAGCAUAAUUACAUUUUUAUUUAUUCCCGAUACUGGUUAUCGAAGGCUCGAUUUAUCAAGGAACGAGGCCUAAAGAUUUCCAAUAGGUUCUGACUUUAUUGGUGUUUCAUAGGGCUUAAAGAAUUUAUAAUAAAAAAACUCGAAUAAUUAGUCUGGUGUAGCAAUAUAUUGUAAAUGCAGAGUAAAUUAAAUGUUUGACGUCUAUGUUGUUUGGUUUGACUUAGCGACCCCUCCCAUAGGUUCAAACGAAAUUUCAAGAGAGGACUGACUGUAAAGGCCACUGUGGAGGAUAAAUGAAAUGGAGGCGAAACGGAAGAACCACCAAAACCGGAGUCAGGUUCCUUGAAAUCAGCAGGUUUGCUGGUUUCCGGGACAUUCUUGUAAAUAGUUCUUUUCAUUUUCAUAUUUCCAGAAAAUGCGCACGGUCUUUUAUUGACAGCUUCUAUGGUCUGGUCCCGUUGCAGUUUCCAUUCCUGACUGGUGGUGCUGGUUUAUGCAGUCUUUUGGUUCCAUUUAGGUGUCUGGCUGCUAGUUUGUGACUGCCGGAAGACACAAAAGUAUCAUUUUACCAUCGAUUCUGUAAAGACGUUGGAUUGCAAAGAUGUCUGCGAGGAGAUUGAAAAGAGAUUUUGUGGAUAUACCA